CACCGACUCUCUGCUGGAGAUCCCGAGCGCACCGGCACACGCCUAAACUGCUCCGGCCGAAAGCCCCGCCGCCCGCUGUCUCGUCGCUCCGCUGUUGUCCGCGCCUCCGCCUCGCCCGCUCCAGAGUUCCGCCAUGGGAAGCCGCUCGCUGUGGUCGCUGUGUCUGCUGCUGGCGCUGCUGCCGGCCCAAGUUCUGUGUCAGGAUGACUUCAACCUGGAAGAUGCCGUCGAUGACACACCAACCCCUACACCAAAACCAGGACUACCAGCAGGUGGAGCAGGAGCAGAUGAUGUCUUCAAAAAUGAUGGGACCACCACAACUAAAGCACCACCAAAGGUUGUCCCCCCGGCCACCAAGUCCCCAGUCAAGCCCAAACCCAAGCCAGCUAGUGAUGAGUUUGACCUGGCCGAUGCCUUGGACCCCAACAACGACAUCGGUGGCAAGGACAGGAACAAGGGACAGGGAGGUGGAUUUUCUGACAGCGAUCUGGCUGAUGUCGGAAAGAGUGAUACCUACAAACCUGACAAAGGCAAAGGUGGACAUACGAGUGGUGGAGGUGGUCAGAUUAACCCAACUGAUGACAACAAUGACACCAUGGCAGAGACGGGCACCAUUGCAGGGAUUGUUAGUGCAGUUGCCAUGGCGCUGGUGGGCGCGGUCAGCAGCUACAUUUCCUACCAGAAGAAGAAGCUGUGUUUCAGUAUACAGCAGAGUCUAAAUACUGACAUGGUGAAGACUGAAAACCCUGAGGCAGUGGUGGCCACAGAACCACAAGUCCAACAGACUCUGCUGGAGCCGCCCAACGCUGAACCUCCCAGUGAAGAGAAUGCUAUGUAACACCAGACACGCACACACACACACACACACAGACACAGACACAGACACAGACACACACACAUGCAUACACACACCCACCCACACACACAGACCCACACACACAGACACAUACACACACACAGACCUCUGCUGUCAGCAUGAAGGUCACACACCACAUGCUCUCCUUUUCCCUGUACACCCCCCACCACCCCUCACUCCCCACAAACACACACACCCACACACACACACACAUACACACACCAUAGUGAAGGAUAUGUCCUGGCGUUCCACCCCAGUGAUCUGUGCAUAUGAAGAGAGCAGAAAACUCUCUCGUAGCGUCGCCAUGUUUACGAUGUUUGUACCCCUCAUGGUAGUUCUCCAUCACAGAACCUGGGAAGUGUAGUUCCUCUAGGCCGAAUGUGAACACAAUUUCCUAAUUCCCGGUGUCAUGUUGUACAUAGCCGUGCCUCUUAUUUAUUGAACUGUGGAAACAUCAACAACAAUGUUUCUUUACAUGGAUCCAGUAGGAGAAGCUUGACUGAACUCGGGCUUGUAUUUUCCUGUGAAUUUUGAACUGGAAACAGGGGCUUGCAUCGUGGUUCCAGAGAUGUCACAAAGUCGGAAAUUUCAGCUUCCAGGAUGAGAGAUUCCUCAAGCUCAGCAUUUCUGAGAUAGUUAAUCUGAUAACAGCGCCAACGGGAGGUCUAUAUUGCCAACCAGCAUUACUUUUAACGUGUUUACAACCCUGAAAAAAAUAUCGCAGUGCAAUUUUUAGCAAUGUAAUCUCCGUGCCAUGCCUUGCACUGGAUGAUUAACCCUUUGAAACCUGAGCAAAUUCACCUGAUGUCUUUCAAAAAGAUGUGGAAAAAGGCAAUACGACCAUUAGCAAAAAAUUUACCAGAAUAUUAGCAAAAUGAAUACAUAAAUAAAUCAAUUUACGAGAACAUUGCCAGACCCCCCCCUCCCAAAAAAAAAAAAAAAAAAAAAAAAAAAAAA